AUGGGGUCCGUCGUGACCUGUCAAAAUCGUGAUGGUAUACGAAAUAUUGCCAAUUUGCCAUCUGUAGUAGAGGACAUUGUGGCAAUGGCGGGAGUGGCGGCAAUGAGAUUACCCUCAGCGACGCUUACGUUGCUCACAAAUCGAAGUCAAAAGCAAAGGUCCCUCUUAUGCAUUACUUCGGCUUUCUCUUCUUCUUCUUCUACUUCUUCCCCAUCCAAGGCAAGAAAGCUGAUUCUCUACUCCAAGCCCGGUUGCUGUUUGUGCGAUGGCCUCAAAGAGAAACUCCAUGCCGCUUUCCUGCUCUCUGGUCCAGAUUCUCUUCACGAUGUUGAUUUACAGGUGAGGGAUAUUACCAGUAAUCCAGAGUGGGAGAGGGCUUACCAGUAUGAGAUACCCGUUUUGGCCAGCGUACUCUCAGAUGGCACCGAGGAGACCCUGCCCAGAUUAUCACCUCGUCUUGGGGUGGAGCUCAUCCAAAAGAAGAUAGCAUCUGUUUUGAAACAGUAAGAAGCAUCUGCACGAUUAUGAUCCGAACGUUCUGUUGAUGGACUUAACUAUCUAGAAUGACUGCAGCAACUUUAAUGUCAACAGAGAGUUUACAUGGGCAAGCAGGGUUACCAAUUCUUGUGUUUUUUCCGGCCUUGCAGAGCUUGAGAAAAUUUAAUAACGGGAAACACUAUCCAGUGCCCUUAGAACAUUAGAUAAAUGACAUAUGCACUUUGGGGUGUGCAAAAGUUCUAUUGGAGUGUGUAUUUUAAGUUUAAAAAAUUAGUUGUGAGAGUGUUCAUCACACAUGGUCAAUCGACUCGUUAAGAA